AUGAAGUUAUCAAGUAUUCCUCUUUUGUUAGCUUCCACUUUUGCUUGCAAAGCCGUUAGUGCAUACUCCAGCGAUUACGAUUCUCUUCUAAAUGACAUUGUCAAGAGCGAUUAUGAUUCACCUUCUGGCGGCGAAGGACAGGUAACGCUGUCUAGCCUGUCAGGCUUGUCCACUUUAUCGAACUUGGCAAAGCGCGAUGCUGAACCGUACUUCAAGGAGCUUGAUAUGUUUUCUUUCGACAACUAUGAGAAACUUACUAAGGUAAAAAAUAUGCUUGCACACGCGCAAUCCAAUGAAAUGUUGGGUGAUGCACUUUAUCUUUAUAACUUCAUGAAUCGGAACGGCCACUCAAAAGGUAUCACGCUGAAUGACUCAUCCGAGUUUGUUACUGAAACGUGUAAAUUACUUUCCUCUUAUGGUUUGAACAACACUGAUAUUCUUGCUUCUACGGCGUCAAGUUCAUUUUUGGUCGACUUUUACAAGAAUUUUGAUGUUUCUGUUUGUGAUAUUAAUCAAUUGACGAAACGCUAUAAUUACUUUUCUUGCGAUGCAAACAAUCAUGUUACUAGCUCAGACGCCUGCUGGAAAUUGCAUGCAAACAUCGCUGAUCAUGGCUCAUUCCCUAAUUCACCCAGAAGCUAUUGUGUCGACGUCUGCUGUAUGUCAUGGAGCGCACCUGCUACUUUUGAUGCGCACUGGGCACAAAUACAUCUUAGUGAGUGCAUUUUUCAAUGCAUAACGCCCUCUGGAAGCUGUCAAAUUAGAGAAGCAGUCUAUUAUGAUAAGCGUUUUAGCUUUUGUGUUAGUAACCGAGCAAAUGGUUGCACUUAA